UUCAGCAUAUUGUAGUUACACGAAUUCUCAUUUAUUGUACAUGGACGCAAUUAUUUAUUUCCCAUGAGUAGAAAUCUGACAUAAUGGUCUAAAUAGUAGUUAUGACAUUAAUAAGAAAGAAGAAAACACAGCGCUGCUGUAGAGGGCAGUGUAACCUCUCUCCAAUGGCAACGCUACCAUUUAAUUCAACGUAGAAGAAGAAAGACAGCAAACAACAUGGCGGCGCCCGCAGAACACGUUGAAACCAAAUCCACAGAGACGGACAAAACUGAAGCUCCAGAGACCUCAGACUCGGAGCCCGCGGGUCAGGACCCGGACGGGGACCCGGAGGAGGACGAGGACGAGCCGGCCGAGCCAAAGGUCAGAGACACCCCGGAUGACAUCCGGCUUGAGGCGAUCGCCAACACGGUGGCCCUCCACCCGAGCCGGGACGUCCUGGUGUGCGGGGACGUGGACGGGGACAUCUACGCCUACUCGUACUCGUGCACGGAGGGCGAGAACCGGGAGCUGUGGUCCUCCGGGCACCACAUGAAGUCCUGCCGCCAGGUGCGCUUCUCCGCGGACGGCCUGAAGCUCUACAGCGUCUCGCGGGACAAGGCCGUGCACCUGCUGGACGCCGAGCGCGGGCAGCUGGUGACGCGGAUCCGCGGCGCGCACGCGGCCCCCAUCAACAGCCUGCUGAUCGUGGACGAGAACAUCCUGGCGACCGGAGACGACGGCGGGACCCUGAAGGUGUGGGACAUGAGGAAGGGGACGGACAUCAUGGAUCUGAAACAGCACGAGGACUACAUCAGUGACAUCGCCGUGGACCAGGCCAAGCGGAUCCUCCUAACGACCAGCGGCGACGGCACCAUGGGCGUCUUCAACAUCAAGCGGCGGCGGUUCGAGCUGCUGUCGGAGCACCAGAGCGGCGACCUGACCUCGGUGGCGCUGAUGAAGCGCGGCAGGAAGGUGGUGUGCGGCUCCAGCGAGGGGACCGUCUACAUCUUCAACUGGAACGGCUUCGGCGCCACCAGCGACCGCUUCGCCAUCAAGGCCGAGUCGGUGGAGUGCAUCGCCCCCAUCACCGACAGUAUCAUGUGCACCGCCUCCAUGGACGGGUACAUACGGGCCGUGAACCUCCUCCCCAACCGGGUCCUGGGCUGCAUCGGCCAGCACGUCGGCGAACCCGUCGAGGAGCUGGCCAAGUCCUGGGACACCCGCUUCCUGGCGAGCAGCGCCCACGACCAGCUCAUCAAGUUCUGGGACAUCUCGGCUCUGCCCAGCACCAAGGUCAACGAGUACCGCAAGAGGAAGAAGAAGGACGGACGCAUGAAGUCUUUGUCCAAGAAGGCCCACGGGGACAACAACUUCUUCUCUGGCCUCGUGGAGGAGACGGAGGAGAAGAAGGAGGAGGAGGAGGAGGAGGAGGAGGACGACGACGACAGUGGCAGCGAUUGA